AUGGCGGAGUUCCGACAGGCCAAGCAUACCAUCAUUCUGGUGCAGUACACGCGCGACCCAAACUCGCGCACGUAUCUGGACUUUGAGUCGGUGAACGGCGGCAUGGACGGCGUGGUCAAGAUGUACGAGGCCAAGCUCAAGCAGCUGAACCCGAAUCUGAAGAACAUCACGUAUGAUAUCCAGGAUCUGUACACGUACAUUGACUCGCUCACGGACCUCAGCGCACUCGUGUUGGACCUCGAGACCAAGACGUAUCUGCCCUGCGGCAAGGAAUGGAUCAAGAAAAAAGUCUUCCAGGUGCUUAAGAACCAGGCCGGCUAA